GCAUUCCAGAGGAGCGCGCAGCAGACUGGUGCGGCAGCCGCUAAUGUGACCCGCUGUCACACUGUAAAUAGUUCUUGUUCAUACGGCUCGCACUCACUGUACAAGUGUAAAUUUGUGUAUAUUAAAAUACUUUUUUUCGUUAACGUUUCUUCUAUUAGUGCUGCAGCAAAUACAAUAUUUGUAUGGAAUGACUUGUAUUGCUUUUGAAAUACAUUUGAGCUGUCAAAGGAGGUGGUGUGCAUUCGUUCAGUAAGAAUUAACUGCUCUUUGGACUAUACAAGGCCAACCAGAGUGUACGCCAUGGUGAUCAUGACGGAGAGCUGCCCAGCUGCUCAGACCAGCCCUGCCCAGGGAAGGCCUCUCCAGGUCGGCUUCUAUGAGAUCAUCCGCACGCUUGGGAAAGGAAACUUCGCUGUGGUGAAACUGGCUAGGCACAAAGUCACCAAGACACAGGUGGCUAUUAAGAUCAUAGACAAGACCAGGCUGAAUCCCUCCAACCUGGAAAAGAUCUACCGAGAAGUUCAGAUCAUGAAGCUGCUCAACCACCCACACAUCAUCAAACUGUACCAGGUCAUGGAGACCAAAGACAUGCUGUACAUUGUCACAGAGUACGCAAAAAAUGGAGAGAUGUUUGACUACCUAACCUCUAAUGGCCGUAUGAGUGAGGAUGAGGCCAGGAGGAAGUUUUGGCAGAUCCUGACGGCGGUUGAUUAUUGCCACCGACACCACAUAGUUCACAGAGACCUGAAGACUGAGAAUCUGCUGCUGGAUGCCAACAUGAACAUUAAGCUGGCCGACUUUGGAUUCGGGAAUUUCUACAAUGCCGGCGAGCCCCUGUCUACAUACUGUGGAAGUCCCCCCUAUGCUGCCCCAGAGGUGUUUGAGGGCAAGGAGUACGAGGGUCCUCAACUCGACAUCUGGAGCCUGGGUGUAGUCCUCUACGUUCUGGUGUGCGGGACCCUGCCAUUUGAUGGGUCCAGCUUGCCAGCCCUCAGACAGAGGGUCACGGAAGGACGCUUCAGAAUACCCUUCUAUAUGUCCCAAGACUGUGAGAACCUGAUCCGGAAGAUGCUGGCUGUGGACCCAGCCAAGAGAAUCAGCAUGGCCCAGAUCAAGCAGCACCGCUGGAUGCUGGCAGACCCGGCAGCUCCCCAGCACACCGUCAGCCUUAGCCUGACCGACUACAACUCCAAUCUGGGGGACUACAGCCAGCCAGUCCUCAGCAUCAUGAACACGCUGGGCAUUGACCGCCAGAGGACCAUUGAGUCUCUUCAGAGCAGCAGCUACAACCACUUCUCAGCCAUCUACUACCUGCUACUGGAGAGAGUCAGGGAGCAUCGGGCCCAGCAGCUCAGCAGACAGUGUGGAACCUGGGGCCAGAGACCCAGGAGCACGUCCGACUCCACCACCCCAGAGGUCAUUAUGGAAUCCUCUGACAGCUUCAGAACCACAGUGUUUCCUCUCCCAGCCAAGAGCACUCCUCCAGUUCACUCGGAGAUGGAUUGUGACCAGGGUGCUCUCUUCCAGCGUGUGGUGUUCCCUGUGGAGGCCAGUCUGAACCGGCUGCUCUGGAGUCGCUCCAUCUCCCCCAACAGCCUGCUGGAGACCAGCAUCAGCGAGGAGGUUCGUCCUACAGACCUGGAGGAGGAGGAAGCCACACACAGCGCCACCCCCCCGCUCCCCCUGACCACCACCUCCCGCAGACACACGCUGGCCGAGGUCUCCGCCCACAUUCACCAGUGCCACCCCCCUUGCGUCAAAGUCAGCCCCUCAGAGGGAGCCUCCUCCGACGGCUGCCUGGAGUCCUCCUCGCUCGGCCCCGCCCCGGUGGUCCCUCCGAGGGGCCUGUCGGCCUUUCUGGGGUCUGCAAGAACCCCUGGUUCCUUCGCCCCCUCUGGGGCCUUCCUGACCCUCUCCUCACACCUUCUACCCAAGACCCGGGGCUCCCUGCCUGCAGCCAACUUUCAGGAAGGACGCAGGGCCUCUGACACCUCCCUCACGCAAGGCCUUAAAGCCUUCCGCCAACAGCUGAGAGGAAAGAACACCCGCACCAAAGGGCUUCUGGGAUUGAACAAGAUUAAGGGGUUGGCGCGGCAGGUUUGCCCUCCGACCCUCUGUAACCGUGGCAGCCGGGGGUCCCUGGGCCCAGCCCUUAGUGAGCACCGUAGCAUGCUGGAGGAAGUGCUACACCAGCAAAGGAUGUUGCAGAUCCAGCAUCAGCCUCAACCUCAGCCCACUAACACUGGGCCUACCCAGAACCCCCUGAUCUUCCUGCCCCAGCAGCAACCUGCCUCCCCUCCCCCAACCUCCAUUUUCACCCCCUCCACCCUGUUUGACGCCCCCAUCUCCUCCCUCCUGCAGGGAGAACCUUCCCACACCCCUCUGACCCCCUCCCAGAACACCAUGGCAUUCCAUCACACCCUCUGGCAGACUCCACUGGGGGUCUCCUCCCUCUCUCCUGUGGCUUCGGCCGCAUGCCUCCUGGAGGCUCGUCUGCACAUCAGCCAGCAGCCUCAUCUUCACCCCCAGCCCCAGGUCCCAGUCCAGGCCCAGGUCCCAGUCCAGGCCCAGGUCCCAGUCCAGGCCCAGGUCCCAGUCCAGGCCCAGGUCCCCUUCGUGCCUAGGCCGGGUGUGUGGAACCUGGGGUCAAUGAGUAGCCCAGAGAAUGAGAUGCAGGAGCUGGGGCGGGGUGACAAACAGCAAAUCAGCAGCUGUGUGAUGGUGAAAUAAUGGAGUGUGGAAAUGGUUCGAUCUCUUCCUCUCGGAGGAGGAAACAAAACAUGAGUAUGCCACUGACAAGCAGGGUGAGUUUGGAACAUUUUAGCAGAACAAUUGAGUCUGAUUACCCGGUCACUGGUAGAGUGCUCUCUGGUCUGAACAGAGAGGAGCCCCUCUGUAAAGCUGAGCACUGAACGGCCAGGUGAAGAAACAUGCCAGAGACAAAUACAGGAGACUCCAAGCAAACGGUCUCUUGAACAACAUCCAAACUGUCACGUGUCCACCUGUGAGGCUUUUGUGUGCUCAUCUAAGCUGACGAAUAAGCAAUAACCAAACCCUGGACAAGGCCUAGGAUCCUUUACAGAUCCCACCCUCCCCGAGAGAAGCAAUAAUGGACUUUGGGGUCCCUGUGCCCCUCACUGCCCAGAGAAAAGCCUCCUUCCACUCUCAUGCUACAAGGAGGAGGGACAAAUUCACUUGAAUAACUGGUAUUCACCUGCCAGUCCAUGACUAGAUCAUGUUUCAUUCACAGUUUCAUUUUCGCAUUCAAUUUAGAGAUGAGAGGAUCUUCAAUAUGACUUUUUUUUUUACGUUUCCAUGUCUGCACAUUUCCGAACGAUGAUUUUGACGAUUCACUCUGUAGGAGAAACCAAAGUUGUCCUUUUUUUUUUUUUUUGGUCCAAUAGCGUUUCCAUAUUAUUUAUUUUAUUUGACUUUGUUAUAUGACAUUGUAGCAGACUUUUGAACGGGCAGUAUCCUAAGCUUCCAACCUUCAGUGAGUGUACAUGAUUGUGAUUUGACAAACUGUGAUGUGUUAGAAUGUAGCUCACGUCCCGCUGCUUGAUCUUCACCUGCGGACACUGAAGAACGAAACGUAGUCGACUAAAGCACAGCAUAGGUACAGCCAUGUCCAAGCAGCUCUGUGCGUUUGUGUGUGCGCCCGUUGGCGCCUAACAAAUGCGUAGGCUUGAACUCAUUGUUAAUGACUCUCACCGCAAAAAAACGACCCUCAGUCGGAGAUCACCAAAGCUUUCAGUGCUUCUGUUUUAUUUCUACCUCCUUAAGUUCAUGUCUGAAAAUGUGGAACAUUUGCAAACAUUGUCCAUAUAUAAGCAUUACUUCUUCCUCUACAAUCCACAAGUGUAAUAAGUCUCUCUUUUCACAUAAUACAGUUUAUGAAUAUGUGAUUUAAUGCUUUCAUGUGCACAGAACAAAGACUGUGGGACUAGUGCAAUAUUUCACAUUGAAAUGCAGAAGAAAGGUAGAGAAGCCAGGCUUGUACACCUGUCUGGUCAUGUUUUGUAGUUUUCUUUUCUUUUUUGUUCAUUUCUGUUUAAAUGUACAAUGGUUUGAUAUCUUCAGAGGGAGAGGUGUUGGCAGAGAAUUGCAGGUACUACAGUAGAUCUGUGUUUUUAUUCAACAAGAAUACAUAAAUAUGAAUUUGUAUUAGAGAGAAAAUACGUUGUUUCUCAUAACAACACAAUUGCCUUUGUGUCCUGAGUGGUUUCCAUGUAGUAAUAGCAGAAGAAGAAUCCGACACAGAUCAGAGAAAGACAGACUCUCUCUGAGCUCCUACUUCUGCCACCAGAUGCUAAUGCUAAUAGCUAAUGCUACUGCUGUCUGCUGAGUCAACUGAUGGUAGGUUGGGCUCCUAGACCACGGCUUUAGCCUAUAUGUUGUUUUUGUAUUUUUCUAUAUAAAGAAAUGAAUUUAAGAAUAUAAGAAAACAACAACUUGUAGCAAUACUAUUUUAGCUGAAAUGUGACUUUUCUUGAAAUCAAUUGGUAGAAUGGUAGCAAUAGCUGGAUGUCUGCCAUCAUAUGUGUGUUGGGUCGAUAUUUCAAGACAAUAUAUUCAGCUGUGUGUCCUGUAUGAUGAUGGCUGUGCACCAGUACUUAGUUAAACUCUUGCAUAUCUGUGAAGUGGUCUCUCUAUGAACAACAUGCUGGAACGAGGGAAAAUGUUUGGGAAUGCCUAGUGUAAAAUGUGUUUUUUUAUGAUUUGUUUCUUGAAAUGAGCAGUGUUUUUAUUUGAUUUGAUUGCAUUUGCACCACCAAUGCUUGUGCCUUUAUCUGAACAAACUUAGAUUAGAAUGAGGCUCUGGACAUUAUCCAUUGGUCAUCAAAUAGAGAAGAGAACAGACUCACUAAGCUUUUUUUUUCACUUAGGUUGAACUUGCUGUAUUGAGAAAAGAGCAAGUGUUGCACUUUAUUUUGUUAUGUUUGAGAUUUGUUUACUUGGUGGGUUCAAAUUUUCCGAGGUCAUUAGACUGAACUAGUGAGCUAUUGAAACACUAACAAAAUUAUCAAAGGUCCUAGUAAACAUUUUUGGAUAAUAGUAAAUACUAUGUUCUUCUGAUUUGCUACUUGACUAUAUGUGUGUUUGUAUGAAUGUUAAGUAUGGAGAAAAUGUUUAUUUAUGUGGCUAUUUAUUUGAAUAAAAUUCACUUCUCAAA